UUUGCGAAGACCCGGUGGAGUCGGCAGUUGCUGAGAUGGGGGGUGGAGGAAAGAGGCAUCCUUCCCGUCCCUCCGGAAGAACGGACGGAUAGACACUACAGCAAAGUCUUCUUUGUUUUCCUCUCCGCAAACUUCAACAUCCUCUCGUGCGUUCUUGCCACGACUCGGUUCCGUGCCUCCCUCUAAGUCGGUACUUCAGAUUCUCUGCCGGUACGCUGGGACCGAUCGCAUACGGGCUCGGACUCCGGGACACAUGCCUGGUCAUCCUCUUCUUCAACCUCCUAACGAACAUCCCUCCGGCAUACCUCGCGACGUUCGGCCCCAGGUUAGGCCUCCGGCAGAUGUGUCAAGCACGUUACAGUUUCGGCAUAUUUAACAUGGCGACGGGGAUGGGUGCUCGUCGCAUACGUUGUCGCCGUCGGACUUGGGGGAAGCACCUCAUCAACCCUCCGCCAGCAGAACCGGCGACCGCAGCCGACAUCUUGAGUUUGCCUAUGGGCCGUGCAGCUCGACUACACGCUCUAUUACACACCGGACGUCCAGCACGCUUCAGUUGGAAGGUCUUCAUGUACACUUACCUGGGUGAACGUCCCAUCAUCACCCUCCAAUGUCUCGGCGCCUCGUUCGCCGUGGCCGCGUCCACGGUGCCCGCGUGGAACGACGGGUAUACCAACGGCAACGUCGGCGGGCUGCUCGAGGCGGUCCUCAGCCCCGUAGGCAACUUUGGCAAGUUCCUGACGGUCAUGCUCGCGCUCAGCGCGACGGGGAACAUCGCGAUCACGCUCUACUCGUUCUGCAUGUCCUUCCAGGUGUUCAUCCCGCAGGCGACCUCGUCCCGCGUUCCAUGCGUAUGUGCCGUCAUCCCGCUGUCGAUCGUGGGCCAGCACAAGUUCUACGACACGCUGAGCAACUUCCUCGGGCUGAUCGGCUACUGGACGAGCGCGUUUUGCGCCGUCGUGAUCGUCGAGCACCUCGUCAUCCGCCGCGGCGCCUUCGCGAACUACGACCUGCGCUGCUGGAACGACUACCGCGGCUGCCGCUCGGGCUCGCGGCCAUCGGCGCGUGUGGUUCGUCGGCCGUUCGCGCGGACGACGGGCGACAUCGGGUUCGAGCUGGCGUUCGUGGCGACGGCGCUGUUUUAUGUCCCGUUGAGGAUGCUGGAGUUGAGGUUUAGGGAGUUGGUGUAGGGUG